GAGUUGAAGGUGAAUUUGAGUUGUGCCACCAUGGAAACUCUGUUAUCUCUGUCAUCUUUAUCUUCUUCCCUGAAAUUUGCAGUGCGAGCUUCGUGGGACACGCAACAGAGACUCCCUUACAACCCCAACGCUCCCAGAAAGCUUAAGAAGAACAUCGUUUCCACUCCCACUCCUUCUUCCGCUGCACCGAUUACUCGGAAGAGGGACCAAUACAUUUCUGAUCUUCUCAAGCGCGCGACUCCUCUCCCCACUAUAGCUCAUGUAGAAGAAGAGCAAGACGAAACUUAUCUGGGAUAUGAGAAAUGGCUGCCAACUCCACCAAAAGUGGUGAAGCCUCGAUCUGUGUUUAACGCUGCUACUCUGGCUUACAUCGGCGAUUGCAUAUACGAGCUAUACGCUCGUAGGCACUUUUUGUUUCCUCCCCUAAGUAUUGAAGAAUACAAUGUUCGGGUUAUGGCAGUUGUGCGUUGUGAGGCUCAAGAUGCAUUGCUGCAGAAACUUCUUGAAAGUAACUUCUUAUCAGAUCAGGAGAGGGAUGUUCUUCGAUGGGGAAAAAACAUAGUUUCCAGCAAAACUAAGACCAAAAAACGUGCUGGUACAGCUGUGUAUAGCAGAGCAUCUUCACUAGAAACAUUAGUUGGUUAUCUGUAUUUGACAAAUGUGAAUCGCUUGGAAAAGCUAAUGCUAGAGUUGGGAUUCUCAGUUGACUCUUCAGAGACUCUGAAUAUUGAAGAAAUAAUAGCAGAUGAAUUGAACAACAGAUGAAUAUGAUCUUCAGACAAUCUCCCACAUGAGCAGGCAAAACAACUUCUGAAGAUUUUGUUCGUAUGUAUUCAUCUACAAAACAUAUAUGACUUCCUCUUUUUACUUUGGCGGGAGAUGCUGUAUCACAACCACAUUCCAACAGCAUAUCUUUCUGUGCCAUAUAGGUCAGAUCAGAAGCCUCUAAGCUCCUUUAUAACAGUAUUUAUGGAGGUUGUGGCACCAUAGUUUGCUGGCAAUUUAUCCUUUUUCAAAUGGGUUCAGUCAGAAGAAGGAAGUAAUGCAGCGAAACUUUUGGUUCAGUGUGGUAGAUUUCUGUUAGGGUUAGCAAAUUUUGCUCGAAUUUAGUUGAGUUGGUAGGUUCAUAUGUGAAUUCAAUUAGUAGAAUACCAAAGACGUCAGACCAAUGCAUCACUUGUACUAUUAUUACUUUGGAAUUAUUACCUCUACUAGUCUUUCAUCUACUCCGCA